AUGUCGGAAGAGAUGGAACCCACCAAGCCCCCUCCGGCCCAUGUCUCCCCGACGGGCAUGUGGGCGUCCAAGCUCACCCUCCGCGUUAUCCAAUUCGCGCUCGCCAUCACCAUCAUCGGCUGCGUCGGCUCCAUCCUCUCCACUGGCUUCUACAGCAUCUUCGUCCUCGUCGUCAUCGUCCCGCAAGCCGCCGUCUCCGUGAUAUGGUCUCUCGUCGAAGGCAUCUGCAUCCUUGUCCGCGGCGGACGGCGCGGCAUCCACCCGGGCGCCAACGUCGGGUUCGAUCUGCUGCUAUGGUUGGGGUUGGUAGUCGGCACCAUCUUCAUGUGGCUGUUUGGCGUCGACUCUGAACUGAAUGUGGGCUCAUCGUCGUACAACUACGGCGAUAAUUAUGACAGUGCGCUGGCGGUUAUUCUCAAGGUGGCGGGUCUGGGGCAGGCGUUGAUCGGGCUCGGGGCGACGUUGACGUGA